UUUAAUGAAAGGUGCUGCUAUUCUUCAUCAUCACUUGGCAUUCUAAAAAUGUCCUAAUGUCUUAGGCUAUUGUCAAUUGAAACUCUGCAGAAGAAGAAGGUUAGAAGGUAAAGGCUUUUCAGAGACUGGGAAUUUGAGUUUUAGAGAGGACACAGUCCCAAAAAACACCUGGAGCAUCUGAUUCUACCAUCCAACACGACAAGGAGGACAAAGCAAUGGAUGGAGAACAUAUCCCCGAACGACCCCGACCAGGCUUUGUCCUGGCAGACUACGUCGUCUUUGCUGCCAUGCUGCUCGUUUCCAUGGGAAUAGGGCUGUUCCAGGCCCUGAAGAAGAAACCGGGUGAUGCUAAGGUGGAUGACUUCUUCACCGGUGGCCGUAGUAUGCCAGUCAUACCCGUGGGAAUGUCACUGUGUGCCAGCUUCAUGUCAGCUGUCCAGGUCCUGGGAGUGCCAGCUGAAGCCUCCCUCUAUGGUUUUAAGUUCCUAUACAUGUGCCUUGGGCAAACCAUCAACUCCUGUCUGACUGCAUACCUGUUCCUGCCAGUGUUCUACCGCCUUGGUAUCACCAGCACCAAUGAGUACCUCAAGAUGAGAUUUGGCAGAGAGAUGCAGCUGCUUGGAAGUGUCCAGUUUAUAGUCUCAACACUGCUCUACACAGGAAUUGUGAUCUAUGCUCCAGCCUUAAUCCUGAGCCAAGCCACUGGGCUCAAUAUGUGGGCAUCCCUCUUCUCAACUGGGUUCAUUUGUACUUUUUACACCACAUUGGGGGGCAUGAAAGCAGUCAUCUGGACAGACGUGUUCCAGAUCCUGGUCAUGCUCUCUGGCUUCAUCGCCAUCUUCAUCCAGGGCACUGUUUUGGUUGGUGGGCCAGCAAUGGUUUUGGAGAUUGCCAACAAUGGAUCACGAAUUAACUUUAAUGAUUUUGACUUCGACCCAAGGAGGCGAUACACAUUCUGGAGCUUUACUGUUGGCGGUACGCUGUUGUGGCUGUCCAUGUAUGGUGUGAACCAGGCACAGGUACAACGCUACAUCUCCUGCAGAACUGAGCGACAGGCCCAAUGGGCGUUGUUUGUCAACCAAGUGGGCUUGUGUCUCGUUGUAGGCAGUGCAGCUACCUGCGGCAUUGUCAUGUUUGCCUUGUACUCCCACUGUGACCCUUUGAAGUCUGGAAAGAUUGCUGCUCCAGACCAGUACAUGCCAUACUUUGUGCUGGACAUCUUUCAAGACCACCCUGGCUUUCCCGGUCUUUUUCUGGCUUGUGCAUACAGUGGCACCCUGAGUACCGCCUCCACCAGCAUCAACGCUAUGGCAGCUGUUACCAUGGAUGAUCUACUGAAACCAACUCUAGCCAACAUGUCACAGAAGAGGUUGAUUUUAAUUUCCAGAGGGCUGUCUUUCAUGUAUGGGGCUGGAUGUAUCACGGUGGCUGCUCUCUCAUCCUUCUUGGACUGGGGAGUUCUUCAAGGGUCCUUCACAGUCAUGGGAGUGGUCAGUGGCCCACUUCUUGGGGCUUUCAUCCUGGGGAUGUUUGUUCCCGCUAGUAACAGGCCGGGCGUGUUUAGUGGCGUGGCGGUGGGCUUCUCCAUCUCCUUGUGGCUGGUCAUUGGAUCAACCCUCCAUCCUCCCAGUCUGCAGACCAUGGGAGUCCUGCCCACCUAUACAGAUCAGUGUCCAUCAAGUAACAGCACAGUCAACAGCAGCCUGGGCAUGGACACACCCUCCGCCUCCACGCCGCUUCCCCUAUAUCAACAUGGACGGACGAGUCUGCAGAACUUUUAUUCCAUGUCCUACCUCUACUUUGGUGCCGUGGGGACAAUUUCAGUGGUGCUGGUUGGGGUAGCUGUGAGCUAUGCAACAGGACCUACCAAGAGAAAUACCAUUGACCCUGGCUUGCUCUGGUGGGACUUACAACAGAAAACCCUGGACAGUCAGAUGGACAAUCCACAGAUAGUGCCUCUACACCACUUGCACAAUGAAGAUGUUGGUGAAAAAGAGGCCCUGAGCGCUGCGCGGAAAACUACCUUAACUCAAUGUUCCCCAAUAAAGUAUAGAGAGCUUUGAGAAAAGAGAGGUGGACACACACACACACAGACAGAGUACCAGUCAAAAGUUUGGACACAUACUCAUUUAAGGGUUUUUCUUUAUUUUACUA